GACUGUGUCCACCACCACAACAACCUCCGCGCUGGAGUCGGGCCGCCCGCCAGCAACAUGCGCUACAUGACUUGGGAUGCAGCUUUGGCAAGAACUGCAAGGGCAUGGGCAAAUAAAUGUAUUUUUGAACAUAACAUAUACUUAAAUGAGAAACAUCAGUGCCACCCUAAUUUCACAUCUAUUGGAGAGAAUAUUUGGGUUGGAAGUCAUCAAGCCUUCUCUGUUGCUGGUGUCAUUAAAUCAUGGUAUGAUGAGGUCAAAUCCUAUACUUUUGCAGAGGAGAAAUGUACCGCAGUUUGCGGUCAUUACACUCAGGUUGUUUGGGACGAUUCCUAUAAAGUAGGGUGUGCUGUUACCCUGUGUAAGGAAGUUGCAGGAAUACGAAAUGCAGCAAAUUUUAUUUGCAACUAUUCACCAGC